UCCAGUCCAACGAGCCUCGCGCCCGCAAGCAAAUCAUCGAAUCCAUCUCCACAGCUCCAAGGCCACGAAGCUUGUUUGGACGUUAGUGCUGAUCCCUCGAGCCUCUAGCCGCAAAGAGGCUGCGGCCCGCCCGACGGGCUCAUGUUAUCAGCACGUCUGCCACGGCAUUUUUCAUGCUGGCGUAAGCCCGCCAUACCGAAUUGGGAAAUCGAUUCGACGGCCCCUUGAAUGGGUGUCUUGUGCCGAUUUCCGAGUAGAUAGAUAGGCUAGGCUGCUCAGCACCUGCUCAGCCACCAGACGGGCGGCGGGCGCCCUCAUGGCACAUAACGAAAGAUCUUUUUCAAGCCGUGGUUCCGCGGGCUUGCAUGUAUUGAUAUCAACCAUGCAGCUCGUCAACGCGCCGGUCGUGGGUCGUUUUGAACUCGGUCGUGACUUGGGAUGGAAUGGACAGGGGUUAUCGAGAAAAUGCGAAUGCAAGCGAAUGCGGUGGAGGAUUCAUUCUUGACUGGCUGCCUACUGGCCCAGCGUGAAAGAAGCAGAACCGUCGAUGGAAGACGAAGAAGAGGGAUAAAUACGCUGGCCCCGACUCUCUGGACAUGCAUGGUGUCUCCCGGCUCUUCAGUCUAUCUCAGUCUAAUUUCAACUACCCAAGUCUACGUAACACAAUCAGACAUGGAAACAUUUCUCAGGGCCAGAGCGGAAAGCAAGUCGAGCAAAGAUGGCUGCCCAGAUAUCUCCCUCGUCGAGAAUGCGGCAAAGCCCUUGUUCGGCAACACGUCCUUCUACAAGUUCAACAUGAUAUUAUCGGGCAGCUUUACCGCCGCAUCCUGUCUCAUCAUCUUCACCCUGAUGUUUCUCCACGUGACGCACCUUAGCAAGAGGAACGAGCAGAUCAAGAUUCUGCGCAUCUCGCUCAUCAUCCCGUUCUGGUCCAUCAUCUCCUUCCUUUCCAUCUGUUUCCCGUCGGCCGAGGUGUACCUCCACCCGUGGCUCGAGUCUGUCCAGUCCAUCUGCCUGGGCACCUUUUUCCUGCUGCUGUGCGAGUUCGUCUCGCCAAGCGCGCAGCACAGGGACGUCUUCUUCGCCGCGCUCACGGUGAAGAACAAGAAGGCGGCGGACGGGGAGCAGAAUGGUCUGGAGUGGUUCAGGGUACGCCUCUUUUCCGACUUGUAGACAUACAUGUCCGUCCGUCCGUUCGGUUUCUAACACGGCGG